CAGGUAGAUGUGGGUGAAUUUUGUUUGUACAUACACAUAUGCUCUCAGCAAUCCGUGAAUUGCGUCUGCUUUAUUUUUCUCUUAUCGAGUAAUUCAACCCCGAUCGGAAAAGUUAGCGACCGAUUUGCUGGGCACUAAGACCGGAAAGACCUGUAAUAAUGUCGACGCACCCAAGUCAUCAGCGACAACCGUCAGAGGACGUACAGAUCUCGAUGGGUGGAUCCGGCAAUGGCGUGCCGGAAAGAUUACCCCCGAUUAGCGCGGAGGACCAGCGCUUUCCGUACUGUAUCGUGUGGACUCCCAUUCCAGUGCUCACCUGGCUGCUGCCCAUGAUAGGUCACAUGGGCAUUUGCACCUCGGCCGGAGUGAUUCGUGACUUUGCCGGCGCCUACUUCGUCUCGGAGGACAACAUGGCGUUCGGGCGACCUACCCGCUACUUGAGAUUGCAUCCAAAGUAUGUGGAGGGCGGUAGCUUUGCCUGGGACGAGGCCGUGUCCAAGGCAUCCGUCCUCUACGGCACCCGCAUUCACAACAUCUUCUGCGACAACUGCCACUCGCAUGUGGCCACGGCCCUCAUAAACAUGCGCUACAAGAAUAGCACCGGAUGGAACAUGCUAAUCCUUAGCAUGUGGCUCUUUGUCUGCGGGCGUUACGUCGGAAUCGGGGGCAUCCUUAAGACCUGGCUGCCGUUUGCGAUUUUCCUGACCAUUUGUAUACUGCUAGGCGUCUACUUUUAGUGGCUAAGACUACAUUUAUUUUAUAUUAUUCUAUUUAAAUGCAUGUUAAAGUGAUGUAGUUUAAUUAUAUGUACGGGAUUUUACUAAAAACGGAAA